UACCGCCGCCGCCGCUGCGAUUGGACGAACGUUUCCAUUUUGGAUUUUCAGAAUGGCGGGCGAUUUACCGAAAGGCUGGGAAAAACGGCUGAGCCGUUCCACAGGGGAGCACUACUAUCUGAACGUGCUGACCAAGGAGAGCCAGUGGGACGUGCCAACGGAGCCCGCCACGGACAUCCCGAUGGCGGCGGCCAAGGGCCAAGUGUGGUGCUCGCACCUGCUAGUCAAGCACCGGGACUCCCGGAGGCCCUCCUCCUGGAGGGAGGAGAAGAUCACCCGCUCCAAGGAGGAGGCCCUCGACAUCAUCAAGGGCUACAGGGAGCAGAUAGCGUCGGGCAAGGCCACCUUCGAGGAGCUGGCAACGCAGUUCAGCGAUUGCAGCUCGGCCAAGAACAAGGGUGACCUGGGCACCUUCGGCCGGGGCGCAAUGCAGAAACCCUUCGAGGAGGCCGCCUUCGCGCUCAACGUUGGCGAGCUCUCGGAGCCCGUUUUCACAGACUCCGGCGUGCACCUGAUUCUCAGGACGGCCUGAGCACACCUCCUUUCCCGUCCUUCUCUCUUCUGCUCUGUCAUAGCCUCGCUGUUGCCUCUUCUUCCUUUUUCUUUUUUUUAGUCUUCCCCCAGAAAUGCUCUAAACUUCAUUUCAUGUUACAACGGACCACAGUGGACACUACAAGUCAAUCCAGCACAACGUAUCGGUGUGACUACGCGUCCCGGGCGUGUCUGCGUCCCUCCCGAAGGUUACAUGACACUCCCACGGCAUUCGAACGACUGCAAUGGCUCGUGGCGUCCUCUGCCGUCCGUCGUAAGGCGAUACAGAUUAUAGUAGAUGGGUUCUUACUGUUGUUCAAAUCGAGACCCUGGAAGAAUCUAGAUCCUUAUGCAUCCGAACACAAAAAAAUUUGUGCUGGGUUUCCUCCUCGGCACUCCGAUUGGGCGAGCGAAUUCGCUGCAAAGAGGGAGGGAAUGUAUGUUUUGGAUUGCAUAUGUUAUGUAUUAUGAAUUUUUGAUGUCUGGAUAUCUUAGACUGCCCAUGCUUGUUUAGAACUUUUUCUGAACAGAAUCAGAUCUGCUUUGCUCAGAGGGGUUUACUGUUGAAGCGUAGUAUGAAACAGUGCAUCAAAAUUCCGUCGGUUCGAAAGAUGCGCCGUAGCUUUAGAGCCUCGUCUGAUUGGGAGUUUCGCCGUAUGCGUGUCUUUCUUCUGUUUUGCUGCCGAAGCACUUUGUUUCGCUGUAAACUUACUUUCUGCUACUGCCACUCCUUGUGGUGGCUACCUCUUUCGUUCACUCUUUUGUAGCUCUAGUAUUGCGUAUGACUGGUGGUGUUGCUAGAUGCUAAACGUAUAUCGUUGAGCACAAGUCCGUGUCUAGAAAAGUGGCCGUGCUUUAGUUUUCACAAUUUUGAAACUGGCCCAGCCUACCAAGUAUCCGAAAAUUUGGUUGCAGAAUGUAUCCUCCACCAUUUUUUUUCUUUUCACUCGUUGUUUUCCCCAGUUUGAUCCUGACAAUUGCUUUCUACAUGCCAGUAGAUUUUCCUGCCCCGUCACACAGCACGCUAAUAGUAGUUUUGACUGGAUGACAACUGCUCCUCCAAAGGCCAGUUUCAAGGCUAGGUGUUUUGCAGCUCAAUUUGUUUUCUUGCAAGGGAUGCCUGAGACAUUUAUGCACCCUGUUUGUCUGCCUACCCUACAGGUUGCACUCUGCGUGCACUUUGGAUCUUAUUUUUUCACAUUUCUUGCCUUUAUAUAUAUAUAUAUAUUGAGAGAAUGUUGAAUAAAGUUAGAAUAAUGGUCGGUGCAGUUCUAGAUUAUUUUUUUUAUUUUAGAAGGUGGGAGAGCUUACCUUCAGUUCACCGCUAAUGUGCAAUGCAGCGAAAUCUAACGACGCUUCACAGAUAUCGUCCCGUCGACGUCUGGGGCAUAGGACAAAUGGAGAGUUGUUACGACAUGUCCGGCAUCUCGAAACAACCUUUGAAAACUCGUUUGUAAACAAACAUGAGCAACUGAGCAGGUCACGAGUCGUCGUUCUGUUUUAAAAAGACAGUUUGCAGAACCACACUAGUGCUACUAAACCAUGUCUCAAUGCCAGCCCAUUUCUCUAAUUUCAUUUAGUUCCCAGAAAGUUGUCGGAUUUCUUUGAGUGCAUGCCACAUCUUGCAUUCGGAGCAUCGAAAAGCAGUCUUAUCUGUGGCACAAUGCAGAUCCGUUGGUUCUGUGGAUUCGCUCUAGACUCGCCUUCCGGUACUUACUCGCACGAGACCUUUCCACUAUGGUUGUGACAUGUUCUGUUAUACAAAGCAGGUGUAGCAGUAUGCUCUGAGCAGUUGGGCCCACAUAGACGACGGACCAAGCUAUGAUAUUAGGUGUCCUUUCCCCCAUUGACUGAGCAGUCCAGAAGAGAAGUGUAAAGUACUGGUAGGUUCCCUUGCUCGUUACAUUUGUUAUAUCCCGGAGACAGUCAAGACUGGAGUGGGCCAUUGCACUAGACUUGUGUGGCUCAUUUUUUCAUUCCACCAGCUGAUAAUUGCAAGGCGGCCAUUUCACACGGACAUUUUGAUGUUCGGGAAAAUCGACACUCCACAAAGAAAACAAAUUUGGUUAAAUUUUCGCAUCUCACUGAAGGUUUCACACCAUAACCUUGGCGAGGAUAAACUGGCAGCGGUGUUCUGGGUGUAAAAGAAGCGGGCGUCCUGAUGGAUUUGUUUUUUUUUAAGCACAUUGCUGAUCUGGCCAGAAAACCUGUGGAGGGAUGGUAGACUUUGUACAUUGGAGUCCCUUGAGCCUCGGGUAUCCAAUGAUAUGUUGCUUUUAAAUGCUUUUUACAAUUUCGUGGGAUACAAGCAGGUGGCAUAUUUUUCUGAUGCUCCAGAGUCUAGCUCACCGCAUGUGGAAAGUGUCUCAUCCAGUUAGAAACGUUUGUCCACAGACAGAUUUAUGCAUGCAGGCAUUUUUCUGUUUCCUUAAAAGCUAAAAGCGAGUGUCAGCAUUCGUGACUGGUCAGUAUUAGUGAAUGGUGGAGGUAGGUUUUGCCUUGUACUUGUAUGCUGGGUCGCCGUUCUUCCAUGGCGGUUGCCUUUUUUUUUGUGUUUUAGGAAGUGCUAAGGCUAAGUCGUCAACUGCCCUAACCUGGAAAACAGUAUUCAAUAAAGAAAGCAUUUCAAAUGGUGUUUCAUGGCAAGGAGUCAUGUUCUGUAUUUUCUGUCAUGGUUGCCAAGGUGGGAGCAAUGUAAAGAGAGGAGUUCCUCUAGGCACCUCUGUUGCGUAGCUGGCGAAAUCCAAUCUUUGAGGCAUUCCGGAAGUACUAUGCAUCAAACUUAAAAUAUUUAAUUUUUUUUUUUUUUUUCUUGUUAUCUUUCAGGCUUUUUUUUAAUUUGUUUGGAAUCUGGGAUUCUUUUAGUACAAAAUUUGUGAUGUCUCGAUCCAAAUGAAAUUGUGAGGUAUACGUCCAAAACAUUAUUCUCUUUUAGUCGGUACUUUUCAGCUGGUCAUUUGCAGUAAUUAUGGGGUAUAUGUGGUUACUAGAUUAAAGCCAUGUUCAUAUCAUUUCAGACGAACUGGGUAUAAAUAGGGCAAUAUGCCUGCUAACCAUUGUUAAAGCAAGGUUAUUUUUGGUAAGAAAGAAAGUACAACUUGCAAUUUCUCUGUGAGUAACCUUUAGAAAUGUUUGCCCUUCAGCUUUGCCGGCACUUAGUCAAUUGUUUCUUGCAGCCAUGUUGACUGGCCAAAAGCCCAAUGCUCUUGCUCACAGUGUAACAUACUAAGUCGUCCAGCCCACAAAGGUUUUGUGUAGGUUAUUUUAUGUAGCUAAUGAUGGUGGAUGUCGUGUCUUGCUACUUGUUUCUGUGCGAUUUAUUCACAGUCUUGGAUAUCAUUGACUGCUCCUCAGUUUCCAGGAAUUACUCUGCCAUUGUUGGAUAGAUAGGUGAGAAAAUUCCCCCAUACAAUUUCUAGAAUUGGUAAGUUACCACUUUUCAAAUUUAGCAAAUACCUGUUGGCACUCAAGCCUGGGCUUGUUGAUGAGUGUCUGUUAUCAUAUGUAAAGUACUGUUUUAAGGAAUAAAUAUGUAACAUGUCGCAGACUA